GCUUAACCUGGACACCUCUGUAGUUUUAGACACAUGGGAUAUGUGAUUUCUGUGAGAAAGUUGUAUUUUUCCACGCAUAAUCCCCCCCUCUGACUCACCCGCCAAAGGGUGCAUGUUUUGGUUUCCGGUGUACAUACUGGAGGGGCUUCACAAGGGGUUUUCUCAGACCAGGUUCAUCAGUGUUUCAUAGUAGGGCCUGCCUAGCAGCAGUCUCCUCCCUGUUUAGGAAAAAAGGUCAUUGGCAGUCUGUGAUGCAUAGAAAAGUUCCUGGAUUAGCACAGAAUUAGCACAAAGCAGAGACGCCACUUCAGCCCAGCACUGCAAAGUAGCCAGCAAGUGAACAAGAGGAGCGAGAGAGAGAGACUGCAAGACAGAGAGAGAGAGAGAGUGCAGGGGGGAGACACACACCGAGGUUUGAGACGCACACCCAGCAGCCCCCAGCAGGACGAGUCCCUGAAAGCAGAGAGCCGCUGCCGGCGGGCAUCCUUCUGAGAGAGGAGAGAACACUUCCCCAUAAUGGAGGAGAAACAGUUUUCUGGCAUUUUGAAUGGAGCUGUUCCAGGGGAGCAAGUGAAGAAGGACGAGAACUCCCGGAGAGGAAACUGGGGGAACCAGAUUGAGUUUGUCCUGACCAGUGUUGGCUAUGCAGUGGGACUGGGCAAUGUCUGGAGGUUCCCAUACCUCUGCUACAGGAAUGGAGGAGGUGCCUUCAUGUUCCCAUACUUCAUAAUGCUGGUGUUCUGUGGUAUCCCGCUCUUCUUUCUGGAGCUGUCUUUUGGCCAGUUCACCUCUCUGGGCUGCCUGGGUGUCUGGAAGGUCAGCCCCAUGUUCAAAGGUGUGGGUUAUGGAAUGAUGGUGGUUUCCACCUACAUCGGAAUCUAUUACAAUGUAGUGAUCUGCAUUGCCUUCUACUACUUCUUCACAUCAAUGACCAACCUCCUGCCCUGGACGUACUGCAACAACCCCUGGAACACCCCUGACUGUAGUGGGGUGGUAGGCACUCAUCGGGCUAAUGGUACCUUUGCUAACAUCACAACUGUAAUGUCUGGGGUGACUGAGAUGGUCAACCGCACUAAAAGGACGAGUCCCAGUGAGGAAUACUGGAGGAACUACGUAUUGAACAUCUCAGAUGGCAUAGGGAACUUUGGUGAGGUGCGUCUACCCAUCCUGGGCUGUCUGGCGGUCUCCUGGGUGGUGGUUUUCCUCUGCCUCAUUCGUGGGGUGAAGUCUUCAGGCAAGGUGGUGUACUUCACAGCGACCUUCCCCUAUGUGGUGCUGACCAUUCUCUUCAUCAGAGGAAUCACGCUGGAGGGUGCCAUCAGCGGAAUUAAAUACUAUCUCACCCCACAGUGGCAAAAAAUUCUGGAUGCCAAGGUGUGGGGUGAUGCUGCCUCUCAGAUUUUCUACUCCCUGGGUUGUGCCUGGGGUGGUCUCAUCACCAUGGCAUCCUAUAACAAAUUCCAUAACAACUGCUUCAGAGACAGCAUCAUCAUCAGUGUGACGAACUGUGCCACCAGUGUCUACGCUGGCUUUGUUAUCUUCUCCAUUUUGGGCUUUAUGGCACACCACUUGGGAGUGGACGUGUCACAGGUGGCAGACCACGGGCCGGGCCUGGCCUUUGUGGCUUACCCAGAAGCCCUAACACUGCUGCCAAUCUCUCCGCUCUGGUCCCUGCUCUUCUUCUUCAUGCUUAUCCUGCUGGGCUUGGGCACACAGUUCUGUCUGUUGGAGACUCUGGUUACUGCUAUAGUGGACGAGAUUGGGACAGACUGGAUUAUCAGAAACAAAACCAUCAUCACUCUUGGAGUCGCCGUCAUUGGGUUUCUCUUGGGAGUGCCGCUGACCACGCAGGCAGGAAUAUACUGGCUUCUGCUGAUGGAUAACUAUGCUGCCAGCUUCUCAUUGGUCAUCAUUUCCUGUAUCAUGUGUAUUUGCAUCAUGUAUGUUUAUGGCCACAGGAACUACUUUAAGGAUGUGGAGAUGAUGCUGGGCUUCCCUCCUCCAGUCUUCUUCAGAAUCUGCUGGAGGUUCAUCUCUCCCCUCAUCAUCACGUUCAUCCUCAUCUUCACAGUGAUCCAGUACAAGCCCAUCACUUACAAUGACUAUGUGUACCCAAACUGGUCUCUGGUCAUUGGCUUCUGCAUGGCACUUUCCUCAGUGAUCUGCAUACCCAUCUACGCUCUCUUCAAAAUUGCCACAUCUGAAGGAGCCACGUUCUUAGAGAGGUUGAAGCACUCGGUAAAGCCAGAUGCAAGUUGGGGCCCAGCACUGCAGGAGCACCGCAAGGGCCGGUAUGCCACAGGGGGGCCCGAGAGUGUGGAAGUGCGCCCCCUAAAAGACGAGCUGAAGGAAAAGGAGCCCGAGAAGGAGAAGGAGCCAGAGAAAGAGAAGAAGGACGACAUCAGUCUGACCAUCCAGGGUAGCAACGGCUCCACACUGAACCCCACGCCCAGCGCAUAGAGACGGUCUGCCCCAACUGGCGCCGCGUCCCAUUCCCCCCAUGCUGCAGCCCAAGGGCCAGGCCACACUCGCUGGAGACCUUUACAUAUUGUAAGGGCUUUAUUAUUUCUAACCUCUAGAGAAAUCGGUUGUCAUCCAAAACCUUUUUUUUUUCUUUUUAAUUUAAUACUACCUUUUUUAUGUUCAAAUGCAGAAAGCAUUUUAGGCAAACCCACUGUGCUUAGUACAUUUUGGGAUAUGUUAUUCUUUUACCUUCUGUGUAGAUUUAUCUGGAAACGGUACUUCUACUGCUGCAGCAGCUGCAGUAGGUUUUGGCUUCUUGUGUAUACAGCGGUGAUGGUGCCAGUCAGGUUAAAAGCUGAAGACCAAAUAUUCUUUGUCUGUAGUAAACACACCCCUAACAUACACAUUUCCUGAAACCAUGAAGUCUUUUCUUUUUUUUCUUCUUAUUUUUUCCCACUGCCAUGUCUGGAGUGUUCCACCACCGUGCCCUGUGGUUGCAUUGGUGUUUACGAAUAGUUCCAACUUUCCUUUCUUAACAGACUGGAAUAUUACACCACUGUACCCACAGUUUACAUUAUUCUUACAUGAACACAAACGGCACAAAGAAUAUUUUGCCUUCAGCUUUUAGAACAGCUAUUGGAAAAAAGUCACAUUUCAAGCACAUUUACUUUCCAAGCCCAUCCUCAGGGUUGCACACAAUUUGCUUCAACCCCCCCCUCCCCCACCCUGAAACCUUUCUCAACAACUAGCGAUCAUUGAGUUUGGGAUAACAUCUGAAUUUUUUUAUUUACCUAUGAGAGGAUAGAGUAUUUUGGUGUAAGGAGUGAUCUAUAUGAAGCACACAAACUUUGACUAGUCUUCCAGUCAUUUUGACCCUAAAAUGCAUCUCGCCUGUGAAAGGAGCAUUAUAGCGAUGACAGGAGCAGCUAGUGAAGCUGCGCUUGUAGGGCAGCGGCAUUGCCAUCAUAGCCUCAGUACUGUAGCGCACACACACAGACUCCCCUGGGAAAAGGAGAGAAGUGGCAUGCACAUACCCUCUAAAUCCAAGGGGUGCUGCUGGAGUGUGUAUUUUUUAGUGUUUGUUUUUUUAUUUUUGUUUGUUUGUCCUAAUCACACUGAAAAAUCUGCGCUUGUACUAAAGCGCUGAGCCAAGCAGUUGAACAAGAAGUACAGUAAAGUUGCCGAGGAGAGAGGUAAACUGUCAUCCUUACUGAACUCACUGAAUUAUGCUGUUGGUAUAAUUCAUAGGAUAGAAUCAUCUUUACUUACUCUUCUCUUUCACUGUUGUAUAGUAACAGUAAAUAGUCUUGUUUAUUUUGUAAAGAAGAAGCUAGAAUAUCAUGAAUAAUCAUUUUAAUGUUUACCAUUCCUCAUCCAUGACUUGAUUUUUUUCCAUUUUAUCUUUGCUCUGGCGAGAGAGGGGAGAGCUUGGGCUGGAUGCUUUUGAUUUUGCCCAGAUUGUUCCCUGAAGGCUUUUGUGUCUGGCUAUGGUCAUUAUGGCCGGUUCCAGUGACGAGCCAACGAGUCCCCUCUCUUAUGACAUAUAGGCUCGCAGUGGCACAAAAGCAUGGAUAUGAUGUCCUGGUAACACUGUGAAUAUGUUAGGGAUUUUGCCAGACACCACUGAAGGAAGGGGGUGAUCUAGCAAUGCAGCUGCUAAAAGUGCUUAUGUGUCACGUAUUGAUAAGUCUCUUGGGUUUGUCUUCCUUUUUCACUUUUUAUCUCUUUUCACAGUAUAUAUUUGCUCUUCUAGUACCUGACUGUAUUACAGCCAGUCAGCUUCCUUAGUAGUUGUCAUUUGUUUAAUAAUUAAUAAUCACUUUUUUUUUCACAAACUGCAUCCUGUUCAAGUACAAAAACAAGAAAUGAUCUAACUAUUAAAAAAGCAACAAAAAGAUCCACAAUAAAAAGAAAGCUUGCAGUGUAGCAGAAGGUGUCAGUCACUCAGGGGCAUAGCCUUGGUAUUUGUGAUGUCAAGAAAGGAAAAAAGCACAAGUAUACCUGGUAGAACUCUAACAGAGGCAAGCUUGACUUUACUCUACAUGUGGUGUCGAACCAGGAUGGUGAAAAAAAAAACACAGAGCAGCACCGUGUUUGUUGCAGUCUUUAUUGGUCCUAGCACAACUAGACGUCAGUAGCACUUUCAACCACUUCACUGUGGUAUGUUCUAGUAUGCACACUACAAGUCAAAAGUUUGGACACCUACCCAUAGAAGGAUCUUUUUUUUUCACAUUUUAGGGGUCAAUACUAUGAAGUGGCAAAUAUGGAUAUUACUACUGUCAGAAAUAUUGGACCUUUGCCAAAUUGGGCUACCCUACCUCAAACACUUUAACAAGGUCAGACAUUUAACACAUUAACUUUUAAUGACGCGCACACAGGACACAUAGAAAUCAGGAUGAUGUAAUAAUUAUAGUUCAGCAUUUUCCCAACAAUCUUAUAACUGGUUUUUGAAAUAAUUUAACGAGUAAGCAAAUGUCUAAAAUUCUGUAAAACAAAAUGCAAGAUUCUAUAACACAUGGUUGGUUAUGUGGCCAAAUUUUUGACUUUGAUGUGUAGUUUUGUCUCAUAUGAGUACAAAAGGUUGAUCCACGAUGACAUCACUGUCUGACUUUCAGACGUCGAUCGUGGCACACAAAUUGCGAGGCUCAUACCAUCUGCCUCUGGGUUCUGCAAGGAGGUACACUCCUCCCUUUUCUUCUCCCCUAAACUUAAUCUUUGACUUGCAAUCUUCUAGCCUGCAGUAGUAGAGUUGAGAAUCAGUACUGUGCAUUUGCAACCUGGUCCUGCACUGUCCCCCUCUCCAUCACUGUAUUGUACAGUAAUGUAAAAAAAAUAAUAAUAAUUAAUAAUUGGACUGGUGUGUAUGUGUGUUUUUAUGGUCUUAUUGGAUCGGGGUGGGUGGGAGUUUCCGUAUCGUAGGUUGGGGAAAACGUUUUUGUGUAUUUUGGGUUUGUUUUUACUUUAUUCUAGUGUUAUAGCUGGUGUUUUCUGUGUAUAAUGUGUUCUGUGUAGUGGAUAUCCUACUGUUGAGUCUAUGCUUAGUUUAGGAUAGUGCUCAGUAUUGAUGUCAUGUCUUUUUAAUCAAUAUGUAACUAUCCAUGUCGUCAUUUAACACAAAGAAUCAACCUUUGUAAGAGAUUUUGUUUUCGGUUUAUUUUUAUAGUACUAAAAACUGUAUUUUAUCUUCAGAUUUUAUCUUUUUUUUCUAUGUGUAUGCAGUGACACUACGUUUUUCUUUCUUGAGCUCCUCAAGCCAGCCAUUAUCAAAAAGUUUUGCCAAACUAACACUAUGGAUUGAAACUUGAAAUACAAAGGAAUGCUUUUCACAGCGUGUCUGCUCGCUGCAGGCACACUUACUGUUGACGAAAAAGGACGAUCACCUGUUCCACAUUUGUUACACAGUAUGAAGCAGUGUUAUACCUCUACCACAGUAAUGUAAAUGCCAUUUGAAUGCAGUUCUACGUAGCAUGCUGCAGUUUCCUUUGGGGAAAAUAUAUAACAUCUCUAUAACUCCACUCAUCCUGGUCCAACCUGAACACUGACAGCACACAUUGCAAUGAAAUUUGAAUCGUUUUAUCUUGAAAAUCAUGUUUAUGUGUCCAUUGUUCUGCAAGCAUGUUUAAAGUCGUGAAGGAAAAUUCGUAUAUUUUGAAAAGGUUGGCUUCAGCAAACUAAUGUCCAAGUAAACCCCAGUUAUUUGUAGUGUUUAAUCUAUUAAAGAAAAAUUACCUAUUAGUGUUAUAACAGUCUAGUGUUAGAACAGAAAGCGAGAUGUUUCUGUAAACACCCAAAGAGUCCACAGAAUUUUAAGGGGAUGAGUGGACUUUGCUCCUAAAUAACUUCUAGAUCUCAAAUUAUUCAUAGUAAUGAAGGUUUAUCCAUAACCUCUUAAAAUUGGAUUGUUUAUUGCUGAUUAAGUUGAAAUGACCCUAAAAGUUUCAUUGUUGGCCCUGAAAAAGCAACUGAGCGGAGAUACUGACAUAUUAUUAAAAAGUGCUUCUUGAUUAUCCAUAUUUUCCUCAUGCACACAUCACACACAAUCAUUUUCAUUCUCCUUGACAAUUAGCUGAACAUAUUUUUUGUGGGUUCGUCAACUAGAAAUGCACCUUUUGGACAGUGACAGUAAAGCUUAACUAAAACUGUGAAUUUCUCUCUGGUUCUCUGCAUUCUUUAGGAGAAUUUCAUUUCUGAAUGAAGCACCAUGCAUUUUUGUGUUAUGGCAGCACUUUAUGGUGUCACUUUUUAUGAUGUUUAAAAGCAACAGGUAUUACUGCCUCCUCUCUUGUUCGAGUUCCGCAAUAAAAUGAAGGGUUCAUGCUUUGGCAAAAGGUCAGUGUCCACUACUGUAUGAGUAUUUGUGCUCAUGUGUUAAAAAAAAAAAAAAGAAAAAAAGAAUGUGAGGUCAGGGAGAGUGAAGCACAACGAAAUGAACUCAGUACUUUCUAUCAAACAUAUCUAACCAUGUCUUUGGAACUUUAGGGCCAAAUUGCAUUGAAAAAUUGUCUUAAGUCAUGUCAGCUGUAUAUCUUAAACUGUUCAAUUUCAAAUGGUAAAAAAAUAAAGUUUAUUUUAAAGAUCA